UUUGUGGUCCAGGGUCACAACUGAUUAUUCAUACAAAUCGGCUAUUGUUCUUAAUUUCUCUGACAUAUCUUUCAGUGUUAUCAUUUUUCUUAGUUUCUUUACAGCAGAGCUGCUGUGUACCACAUGGCUCAUUUUUCUUCAAACAGUUCUGGGAAAUCUCACGUCAGGCGAAGCUUCUUCAGUCAGACUAGUUGAUGGCAGCAGCUCCUGUUCUGGAAGGGUGCAGGUUCUCCAUGAUGGAAUAUGGGGAAAGGUGUGUUACGAUGGCUGGGAUUUGUUAGACGCCAAUGUCGUGUGUGGUGAAUUGGGCUGUGGGGAAGCAAAAGAGGUGAAGUUAGCGGAAUAUUUUGGGAAGAGCCCAGAACAAAUAUGGAUGACUAAGGUGAAAUGUUUUGGAAACGAGACCUCACUGAUAGAAUGUCCAGUGGGUGGAGCGGACAAAUGGGGUCAAAACUUGUGCCUACAUGACUUGUAUGCUGGAGUCAUCUGUCAGCCCAGAACCAGGCUGGUGAGCGGCAUCAACUUUUGUUCCGGACGAGUGGAGGUUCUUCAUAAUGAAACAUGGGGAACAGUGUGUGAUGAUGGCUGGGAUCUAACAGACGCUGCAGUGGUGUGUAGAGAGGUGGGCUGUGGGAAUGCUCUUGAGGCAAAGAGCGCUGCUUAUUUUGGAGAAGGUUUAGGACAAAUAUGGAUGGACAAUGUAAACUGCUCUGCAAAUGAGUAUGCAUUGAGCAAAUGUGAAUACCGUGAAUGGGGAGCGCAUAACUGCAAUCAUUCAGAGGAUGCUGGAGUCAUCUGUCAGCCUGUUACAAGGCUGAUAGAAGGCACUGAUGCUUGUUAUGGAAGAGUGGAGGUUCUCCAUGAUGGAAAAUGGGGAACCGUGUGUUAUGAUGACUGGGGUGCAUCAGAUGGAGCAGUGGUAUGUAAAGAGAUAGGCUGUGGGAACAUUUACAAAUAUGGUGCUUAUUUUGGAACUACAUCUGAACAAAUAUGGAUGGACAAUGUAGACUGCACUGGAGAAGAGGCAGCUCUGAGCACCUGUGCAUUUCAGGGAUGGGGAACUCAUAACUGUCUUUUUGCCAGACACGCUGGAGUCAUUUGUGACCUCCCGGUCAGGCUGGUGCAUGGGAGUAGUAUUUGUUCUGGACGAGUGGAGGUUCUUCAUGACGGUCAGUGGGGAACCGUGUCAGAUGAUGGCUGGGAUCUAACAGACGCUGCAGUGGUUUGCAGAGAACUGGGCUGUGGAGAUGCUGUAGAAGCAAAAGGUGGUGCUUAUUUUGGACAGGGAUCUGGUCCAGUAUGGAUGGAUUCUGUUGACUGUGUUGGGAAAGAGUCUUCACUCAUACAGUGUAACAUAAAUCACUGGCAACACUACAACCUUGAUCACCUGCAUGAUGCUGGAGUUAUUUGUGGUGAGUCCUAUUCCAGAUCUGGAGAGUCUGUCCAGGGCUCAGAAACAAGUGUUAAAGUCCUGUUGAGGAUUGAGGUGCAGACCGACCCCAUGUUCGACCCAAAUGAUCCCAGAACCAUGAGUAAACUCUCAGAGGAGAUGGAGAAGAAGCUGCACAUUAGCAGACCUUUCUCACUGACUUGGAAAACUCAGAAAGAUGGAAAAGUCUUUCAGGAAGUUUCCCAGAAAAAGAAAGCUGCAAGAAAAUGUAAUUGACAUGCUGGAAAAUGCAUUGUUAUUUUAAUGAAAUUGUAAUUGUAAUGAGAUGUUUUAUUUCAAAUGUACAAUAUUUGUAAAAGAAAACAAAUACAGCUUUCUAAUUUAUUAAUUCCAGCUGUUUAACAAGUAAAUGAAAAUUAAGAUUUGAAUCCCCUAUUAAAUAAAUAAAAUAUAAUACCACGAUGGAAAACAUUUUAAUAUAUAAUACAUAUACUUAAUUACUUUUGAAUAUUUACAUGUUAUAAAAUGUUGGGAUUAAUUUUACCAGUGUAGUUGAAAGUGUCCCAUUGGCAAAUUCACCCAAGGUAUGUAAUUGGCAAUUCUGAAUGUGAUCCAAAAACAACUUAAGUAAUUCUUAAGUCAUUAAAAUAUCAAAGGAUGUCAGGCUUGUAUAUUUUUUAUAAUCAUGUCCUGCUUGUACAUUUUAACAGCUAUAAUAAUGAACAGCUUUCCACCCAUCUAAAACAAAACAAACAAACAAAAAAUGUUGCUUUGAGAUGAAUUAGUUGUCAUUUGUUUGUAACCAAAAGCUAUCUUUUAGGUAAAUUGCAAAUGGGAAAAUUUACAUUUGGUACAUUGUCUUAUCUGCACAACCAGUGCUUGGUAAUGUUCUCUUCACCACUUUGUUGGUACGCAAUGCAUUUUCUAGGUUUGAAAAGUUAUUUCUUACGACCAAUUUGUAAAGUAUAAACCAUUUCGAAGAUGUCCCAUUCACUAUGUAUUUGUUCCUAUGCAAUUUCUAUAUUU